AUGGAGCCGACCUCUACCCCUCGGCAUACGGAUCGCCUCAAGGCUACUGAUCCAAUUCCCUCAUCUUCUCCGGCAUUUGGCACACCAGCUCGGCCCUUCCGCAUGCCCAAGACUUAUGCACCUCCCACCAAAACAUCUAUCUUACCUAUCCUACUUCCGCCUUCCACACUUCGCCCAGUCGCCUUCCGAACGUUCACUCGCAAGCAUAACCUGACUAUUUCAUCACCGGCACUUCAAAUCUUGGCAGUUUUUGUUGGAAAGAAUUGUGGAUCAGGAUGGCGCGAAGAGGGUCUUGCGGAGAAAGUCCUUGAUGAGACCCUCGAGGGGAGCAUGAGUGGCGGGCGAGUCGUUGCUGGGAAGACAACAUCCUCAGAUGGGUCCUCGAAGGUGUCCGGUAUGGGUGCCGAUGUCGGACGCAUUGACCUGAACAAAGAUCACUCGCAGGGAUCUCUUACAUCGAGGGCCGCAGGCGCCGAGGAAGACGAAUCUCAAAUAUCCACACAUCCUCGCAACUGGCUCAAAGUUAUCGAGGCUUUUGACCUCCCUCGCCUGACCUACAAUGUCGACAAGAAGUAUUUCGAAGCAGUCAAGUCGAAACCGACUCUGUUCCCACCCCCUUCACACAAGACUGCACUUUUCCGAGACAGGUAUAAUCUGGUGUACCAACGGCUGCUCCGCAACGAAUCCUUCCAAAGCUCCUUUAGCAUAGCGGGUAUUCCUUCGCUCCAACGAUCGUCAUCGAACAUUGCCACUCAACAAUCAUACAAGUUGACACCAAUUGCAAAUUUGCUUGGUCGGAGCGGUACAUCUCAUCUUCUACUGGGCUUGCUCGCAACAUCUCCUACUGGCGAUCUGUCAUUAGUGGACUUGACAGGAACUGUGGCCCUGGAUUUGAGCCAUGCGAGAAUGAUUCCAGAAGAUGGUGCCUGGUUCGCGCCUGGUAUGAUUGUGCUUGUUGAUGGGAUCUAUGAAGAAGAGGAGAUGGUCAAGGGCUCCAUUUUGGGAGGGAAUACUGGAGUCGGAGGGGCCAUUGGAGGUCAUUUUGUCGGCGUGUCCAUUUGUGGUCCUCCUUGCGAGAGAAGAGAUAUCUCGCUCGGGACUGGUAAUCGUCAGGGAAGCGGCGAACUCAGCUCAAGUGGUGGGUUUGGCUGGGUGGACUUCUUGGGAAUAGGCAGUGAGCGCGCCCAGGGUACUCGCAUGAGGAGAAUCCAGGAGAAGUGUCUUCAGAGUGAACCAGAAGCCACGGAGGCCACACCACCCCGAUUGAAGCUUGCGGUAAUGAGUGAAAUAAAUCUCGACAACAUGAGAACAUUGGAUGCUCUGCGGAAGGUGUUCAGUUCUUAUAACGAUCUUGCACUCCAUGAACGGCCUCAGACUUUUGUUCUUAUAGGCAACUUCGUGCAAAGAGCGGUUAUAAACGGGGGCGGACGAGCUGGGAGUAUCGAGUACAAGGAAUAUUUUGAUUCGCUUGCGGUUGUUCUCUCCGAAUUCCCUGCCUUGCUGCAGCACUCGACAUUUGUAUUCGUUCCCGGCGACAACGACCCUUGGGCCUCAGCUUUUUCAGCAGGUGCAGCUUCUUCAAUACCGCGCCAACCGAUCCCCGAGCUUUUCACUUCCCGGGUUCGGCGUGCAUUUGCAACAGCAAAUUCGGAACUCGAUAGAUCCCAGACGUCUGAGCCGGCAGGCGAGGCGGUGUGGACUUCAAACCCGGCCCGUUUAUCAUGGUUUGGACCUGUGCAUGAUAUUGCUAUCUUCCGGGACGACAUUUCUGGACGGUUAAGGCGCAGUGCUAUAGACACCAAGGCCGACGAGGAUGAAUCCGACACUACCAUGCACGAGGCCCUUGAGAAUGAUACAGUCUCGAUGGAACCAGAGCCUACGGAGCAGGUAAACGGAAACAGAAAUGAUGCUGUGUCACCAGCUGCACUCAUGGCUCGCAGGCUGGUGAAGUCUGUUCUAGACCAAGGGACAAUUUCCCCGUUUCCCUUGACGAUGCGGCCUGUUCUCUGGGACCAUUCAUCUGCUGUUCAGCUAUAUCCGCUCCCUACUGCCCUGGUUCUGGCCGACUCCGAAGCCACGCCUUUCUGUAUGACUUAUGAAGGCUGUCAUGUCAUGAACCCGGGACGCUUGCUUCCGGAGGGUGGCCUACAAAACGUAAGAUGGGUUGAGUAUGAUGUCUUGCGGAAUCGGGGCAAAGUGAGAGAGGAGCGGUAUUAA